UAUCUUGAGAUAAUUUCGUACGGCCUUAGGAAGCUGAAUUUGUUUCUGGCCGUCGUCGGAGCUUCAUUCACCACCACAACCUUGAGCACCACCGCUUCAAACCGCAACAAAAGAAGUACUGUCACUUCAACCUUUUUCCUUCACACUUCGAUUCCUUCAUUAACUGCUAAACAAAAUUGGGGUGGAUAAUUGUGCUUGAGAUGUCAUCUUAAGCCCAAUAAGGCCUUGAAUUUUCAGUUUAGGCCCAUGAAUAUUUGCUUUGGUCAUUAGUGGAAAAUUGCAGUUCCCAACUUCUUAUGGCAGCUGUGCGAGAAAUUUCUGCAACUUUGCUCUCUCGCUCAAAACCUCACACCUCUCUUUUUCGUCGUCUCUUCUUUCGUAGAAAGACUUCCAAGAUUUUUGUGAAAGGAUUAGCCUUUUCUACUACAGAGGAGAAAUUAGCCGAAGCUUUUUCUCAAUACGGCAACGUUCUCAAAGCUGAUAUAGUAUUGAAUAAAGCCAAAAAUAGAUCCAAAGGUUUUGGAUAUGUAACUUUUGCUGAGGAGGAAGAAGCCCGCAAGGCACAAAUUGGCAUGAAUAGAAAGAUAUUACACGGACGUGUCUUGUACGUAGACAUAGAUCUGCCUAACGAGCGGAAGAAAACUUAGAGCAGGCAACUAAAAUACAAAGGUUGAUAAUGAAGAUGUGCAUAACAGUCAGUCUCAGAAGGUAAGAAGGCACCAAACUUAGGGAGGGAAGGAGCCGCACCUCGUCCGAGCACUUCUGGUUGUUAAUGUUCACUUCGCCUUUCAUUGUACAAGUUACAUAUUUUGAUCUGCCAAUGAAUAUUUGCACGAAAAGGAUAUGAAGAAAAGGAUAGUGAAACUUAAAUAUUUUUACAAAAUUAUUGGCAAAAUGGAGCAGUAUUUUUUCAAUGCAAAUUUCUAGCUAAA